CCCUUUUACGCCGCCUGGCCCAGCUGAACGCCGGCGUCCAGUUCAGUCACGCCCCUAAUGCCGGGGCCCUCGCGGUGCAUUGUGGGCCGGUAGUGCCGGGCCGAGGUUAUGGUUGCGUUAAUUAAGCGUGAGUGUUGGGUUCGCGGACUGGAAUAUAACUGUCACCAGAGAUUCCUGCUCUGUCCCCUGGUUCUGCGUCUUGCGACCGAUGUCGGAUAUCCUGGGAUCGUUGUUUAAUGGAGAAAACUCACCAGACUUCAUUAUUAUUAAGUAGCUCCAAAAGCAGAGCCUUCAUUUUUCUGAGAGAAACUGAAAGUCAUCUUUUAAAAAGUUGCGCUUCGACUGUCGGCUCCCACCCCCCAGUACCUUAAUUAUGCUGUAGAAGUAGGGGCUUUUUGAACAUCUCUCAGUGUCUUGUGCUGAUCUCACUGCAUGAUGACUUUCUGUUUCACUGGUAUUCGAAGCUUUCCUAAGCUUUGGAAAAGCAACCCAUACCUUGGCCUAAGCCCAGGACACUCUCAUACCUCUCUCUUUCUCAAAGACUGUUUUGGCAUCAGGAACCAACAGAAGUGCUUUUCUCUUAAAACAGCGUCUCCACAAAAUACCAAAGCAAUGAAUCUACUACUUACCAGGGCCAGAUCUGGCAGGAAAGGAGAGGAGGGCAGAAAUAAGCAAGUUCCUUCUGAGUCUCAUCUUUUUGCAGCCGGAGCGGCUAAGAAGAGAUCACAGAUGAAUCCUCAGAGUAAAGAUCACGCCUUGCCACCUGUGAGGAACAACAUUAUUCAACUCCCAACAAAACCCUUGAAUUCAGAGGAGUGGGAUAAACUUAAGGAAGAUUUCAAAGGAAAAGCCAAUUUUGAAAAUUGGAUCAUUUCACAGAUGGCUCACUACAAUAGUUCUGUAGAUGUGGCCAAAUCUCUGCUGGCCUGGGUAGCUGCAAAAAACAAUGGUAUUGUAGGCUAUAAUUUGCUGGUCAAGUAUUUAUAUCUCUGUGUCUUUCAUAAGCAGACAUCAGAAGUUUUUGACGUCUAUGAAAUCAUGAAAGCUAGAUACAAGAUUUUAGAAUCUGGAGCAAACACUCUUCUCAUUCGAGGAUUAAUCCAUUCAGACAGAUGGAAAGAGGCCUUGCUGCUGUUAGAGGACAUUAAAAAGGUCAUGACUCCUUCAAAAAAGAACUAUAAUGACUGUAUCCAGGGAGCCCUCCUUCAUCAAGAUGUAAACAUAGCUUGGAAUUUAUAUCAGGAAUUGUUAAGUCAUGAUAUUCCAAUGAUGGAAACUUUAAAGGCCUUCUUUGAUUUUGGAAAGGACAUAAAAGACGACCAGUAUUCAAACAAACUACUAAACAUUCUUUUAUAUCUAAGAAAUAGUCAGCUAUAUCCUGGGGAAUCCUUUGCACACAGUAUAAAAACAUGGUUUGAGAGUGUUUCUGAAGAACAAUGGAAAGGAAAAUUCACCACAAUUCAGAAAAGUGGUCAAUGUUUGGGCUGUGGAAAAAACAUAGAGUCUAUUCACCUGAGUCCAGAAGAGUAUGAAUUACUCAAGGGAAAAGUAAUGAGGGAUGUGAUAGAUGGAGGUGACCAAUACAGAAAGACGACACCUCAGGAACUUAAGAGAUUUCAGAACUUUGUGAAAUACUGCCCUCCUUUUGAUAUUGUCAUCGAUGGACUCAACGUUGCCAAAAUGUUUCCUAAAGCUCGUGAGUCUCAAGUUCUCUUGCACGUGGUCUCUCAACUAGCCAAGCAGAAUCUGCGAGUGCUGGUCCUGGGCCGGAAGCACAUGCUGACGUCGCGUGCCCGGUGGAGAAAGGAUGAGAUGGAAGAGGUGCAAAAGCAAGCCAGCUGUUUCUUUGCUGACAAUAUCUCAGAGGAUGAUCCGUUCCUUCUGUAUGCCACACUGCACUCAGGGAAUCACUGCAAGUUUAUCACGAAAGAUCUGAUGCGGGACCACAAGGCCUGUCUAGCUGAUGCCAAGACCCAACGCCUAUUCUUUAAGUGGCAGCAGGGACAUCAGCUGGCCAUUAUCAAUAAGCUUCCAGGAUCAAAACUAACCUUUCAGCAUAUUCUCAGCUAUGACACAGUGGUGCAAACAACUGGAGACUCGUGGCACAUACCAUAUGAUGAAGACCUGGUGGAAAGAUAUUCCUACGAAGUGCCAACCAAGUGGCUUUGCCUGCAGAGAAAGAAAUAAAGACUCGUACCCCCCUGC